GUCCAAGCAGUACCACUUACUAGAUUGUGGCCUUGGCAAGGUUUCCAUGGAUCUCAAUAGUGCCAGCACUGUUGUUCUUCAGGUCUUAACACAGGCCACCAGUCAGGAUACUACUGUGUUAAAACCAGCUGAGGAGCAGUUGAAACAGUGGGAGACCCAGCCCGGUUUCUAUUCAGUGUUGUUGAAUAUUUUCACAAACCACACACUGGAUAUAAAUGUAAGGUGGCUUGCUGUUCUGUAUUUUAAAAAUGGAAUUGAUCGCUACUGGAGACGUGUAGCACCCCAUGCUCUCUCAGAGGAGGAGAAAACUACUUUGCGUGCAGGGCUCAUCACCAACUUCAAUGAACCGAUAAACCAGAUUGCAACUCAAAUUGCAGUGCUGAUCGCAAAAGUUGCUAGAUUGGAUUGUCCCAGACAGUGGCCCGAACUGAUUCCCACUCUUAUAGAGUCUGUUAAAGUCCAGGAUGAUCUUCGACAGCACAGAGCGUUACUUACCUUCUAUCAUGUUACCAAGACACUGGCAUCUAAACGACUCGCUGCUGAUAGAAAAUUAUUUUAUGAUUUAGCUUCUGGAAUUUAUACUUUUGCCUGCUCUUUGUGGAAUCACCAUACAGACACAUUCCUGCAACAAGUUUCUUCUGGCAAUGAAGCUACAGUUCUAAGUGCACUAGAACGAACUCUGCUGUCCUUGAAAGUGCUGCGUAAGUUAACUGUUAAUGGAUUUGUGGAACCUCAUAAGAAUAUAGAGGUGAUGCUGUUGGACUUCUUGGAUCAGCAUCCCUUUUCAUUUACACCUCUAAUUCAGAGAUCACUGGAAUUUUCUGUAAGCUAUGUUUUUACGGAAAUUGGCGAAGGCGUUACAUUUGAACGAUUCAUUGUCCAGUGCAUGAAUCUUAUUAAGAUGAUUGUCAAAAAUUACGCUUAUAAGCCAUCCAAAAAUUUUGAAGAUAGCAGCCCUGAAACUCUUGAAGCCCAUAAGAUUAAGAUGGCAUUCUUCACAUAUCCCACUUUGACAGAGAUAUGUAGAAGAUUAGUCUCUCAUUAUUUUCUAUUAACUGAAGAAGAACUGACAAUGUGGGAAGAAGACCCCGAAGGCUUUAAUUCACCGUGCACUGAAGUCCUUUUUAUAGAUAUAUUCCAUGAAUAUAAUCAGACCCUUACUCCUGUACUUCUAGAAAUGAUGCAAACACUUCAGGGGCCCACAAAUGUGGAAGAUAUGAAUGCACUGUUAAUUAAAGAUGCUGUGUAUAAUGCUGUUGGAUUAGCUGCUUAUGAGCUGUUUGACAGUGUUGAUUUUGAUCAGUGGUUUAAAAACCAACUUCUUCCAGAAUUACAAGUCAUUCACAAUAGUUACCUGCAGUAUUUGGAAACCAUGUUCACACUACUUUUUCAGUUACUACAGCAAGUUACAGAAUGUGACACAAAGAUGCACGUUUUGCAUGUCCUUUCUUGUGUGAUCGAAAGAGUCAACAUGCAGAUACGACCGUAUGUGGGAUGUUUGGUGCAAUAUUUGCCCCUUCUUUGGAAGCAGAGCGAAGAACACAAUAUGUUGAGAUGCGCUAUUUUGACGACACUUAUUCAUCUUGUUCAGGGAUUAGGAGCAGACAGCAAGAACCUGUACCCUUUCCUGCUCCCAGUUAUUCAACUGAGUACAGAUGUUUCCCAGCCUCCACAUGUUUAUCUUCUGGAAGAUGGUUUAGAAUUAUGGUUAGUAACAUUGGAAAACAGCCCAUGUAUUACACCAGAGUUGCUUCGUAUAUUUCAGAAUAUGUCUCCCCUUCUUGAACUAAGUUCAGAAAAUCUCAGAACCUGCUUUAAGAUCAUCAAUGGUUAUAUCUUUUUAUCAUCAACAGAAUUUUUACAGACAUAUGCAAUAGGUCUAUGUCAGUCUUUUUGUGAGCUGUUAAAGGAAAUUACUACAGAAGGUCAAGUUCAAGUGCUCAAGGUUGUGGAAAAUGCCCUUAAAGUGAACCCAGUAUUAGGUCCACAAAUGUUUCAACCAAUUUUACCCUGUGUUUUCAGGGGUAUUAUAGAAGGGGAGAGGUAUCCUGUGGUGAUGUCUACGUAUCUUGGAGUUAUGGGUCGAGUCCUACUACAAAACGCCAGCUUCUUUUCUUCACUUCUUAAUGAGAUGGCACAUAAGUUUAAUCAGGAGAUGGACCAGCUCUUGGGAAAUAUGAUUGAAAUGUGGGUUGAUCGAAUGGACAACAUUACCCAGCCAGAAAGAAGAAAACUUUCAGCUUUGGCUUUGCUUUCUCUUCUGCCAUCUGAUAAUAGUUAUAGCUGUAUGUUGAUGUCUCAUCUUGAGGAACCAAAAGUAACAGAAGAUGAAGAACCACCCACAGAACAAGAUAAGAGGAAAAAGAUGCUGGCGCUGAAGGACCCUGUGCACACCGUGUCACUGCAGCAGUUCAUCUACGAGAAGCUCAAGGCGCAGCAGGAGUUACUGGGAGAACAAGGCUUCCAGUCCCUCAUGGAGACGGUGGACACAGAGAUUGUCACCCAACUACAGGAGUUUUUGCAAGGAUUCUAAGAGCAUACCCAGCCUGCCAUUUGUAUGUGAGAGCCUGCUGAGAUAAAGAAAUCACUUGCGUAUGAAAAUGAAGACGUGAAGACCACACAUUUUUUACUAUAAAAUAUAAAAAAUAAAUGUAAAUCCUGCAUAACUAAAAUCACAAACCUAUUCCUCAAAAGAAUUUAAUUUUAUAUUUAUGAGGGGGCCCUGUGUUUACUAGAGGUACAUUUGAUGAUAAUAGCUGCUUAGUUUCCUGUUAAGAGAAGAAACUGUUUGAUUAUCUUUUCAUCAUGUACUCUUAACACUCAAGAAGAUGAAGGCUAAUGUCUGAGAUGUUUUUCUGCAACCAAAAUUAGUUACAUUUGGCUGCCUUAUCCCUUUUUUAAACUAAUGAAACUACAAGUUUGAAAAAUGACAAAGCUGUUCAGCUGAUACAGUUAAAUUUGUGCACCAUCAAAAAAUAUAUAGUAACAGAUAUACAUUACUAAGAUUAUCUUGCAAGGGAGUUGUUUUCAUUUGACAUAGAAAAUGUGUUUUAUCAGACAAAUGCUUUUAUUUUCAUUCUAGUAAUUUGAUACAGGCAUUAGUAAAGGCAUUUUUCUCUUGUUAUGUUUCCAGUAAAUUUAUUUAGUCCGUAAAUGUACAUUGUGAGCCCACAAAAAUGAACCUGUGUACUGCUGUACCAGGUGGGAGACCUCUGGUCAUGAUUUGGUCCUAGUUCCUUUGUUAUUCCUGAAAGCCAGCAGCCCUGUGAGCACCGAGAAGAACCGGGCAGCCGCCCGUCCCACCUGUGCUGUGACAGUCCCUCAUGGCUGCACUUGCCCUUCUCAGGUUCCUCAGUGCAGGGGCGCAGCUGGGCCUCAGUGAUAUGGGUGCACCUCGGAGGACCCAGCAGCAAUCCCCAGGGUACCAACACUGACGUAACUAGUCUUCCUUCCUUAUUCCUCCAACGUGCAGUACAUAAAAAGGGGAAAAGGAGAAAAUAAAGCCUUACUUUGUUUUACUUCGCAUUUAUUGUAAGGAACCUUUAAAGCAUUUUUUAAAAAAUACGCAGAAGCAAGGUUGGAAAAUGUCUUAUCUUUCUAUAGAAAGUUGGAUACGGUAUGUAACUGCGGGAAACCCACUGCCCCUUUGUAAGCUGUGGAACCCAAAAUGUAUUGGGAUAUUUGAUGUUUUCAGCAAGAGGAAGAAAAUAUGGUCCAAAUUAAAUUUUCCAAAGAUACCUCACCUUUGA